AAAGACGAUAAAAACGAUAAAAACACCUCAUGUUUGGCUGUCAAAAAUACUCCAUCCAAGAAAACCAGUAUCAUAUAAGAGGGGAGAGAAACAUCCAGGAACAAGCAAACAAAUAAAAGGCAAAGGGGGGCUUUCGCCAAAGAAGAAGAAGAAUAAGAAGAAACCCUAAAAGAAUGGAAUUCGAUUAAGGACCUGGUUUUCUUUGCCAUGGAAAAUUCCAAGUGACCAUCUAACUUCAGAAAUAUGAUGUACAAUGGAAAAAAUUCUUUACUGCCUCCAAAAAGUCCCUUUCCUAGCAUUUACCCGUCAUAUGCUGAUUAUAUCCCUAGUUCAGGGGUUGGACCAAAAGGUCUUCCAAAGCCUAGAGAGGAAAAUUCACACCAUCAACGUACUUCCUCAGAGAGUUUUUUAAUAGAGGAACAACCUUCUUGGUUUGAUGAACUCCUCAAUGAGCCAGAAACUCCUGUGCGCAGAGGAGGUCAUCGGCGUUCAUCUAGUGAUUCUUUUGCAUAUAUUGACACAAGGAAUGUUGGAAGCACAAAUUAUCUUACUCCUGACAAUAACGAGUUCAAAAAUUUAAACUCGGUGCCUUCAUGGGGAUCUCAAUGUUUUGAAUUUUAUAGAGAUAUACAGCAUGGUUCUGCGUAUGGGGGCCCAAGUUCUUUAGGAAAAACCAAAAAUCAGACAUGGGAUAAUUCAGUUGCACCUCCUGGUGGAGUUCCUUCUCCUGGGGAUAAUGCCAUUAUCCAAGAUGCAGGAUUAUCGAGUGCUUCGAGAGAAGCAGAGAGGAAUCCGUCUUCACCUACUAAAAAGCUGGAUCCUGGUGAAUAUGGACCACAUGACCCAACGGGUUCUUCUGAAAAGGACUCACUUCAUGCCAAGCCUUCUACUUUGGAGAUGGACACUAAACGUGCCAAGCAGCAAUUUGCUCAGCGUUCACGGGUCAGGAAACUUCAAUACAUUGCUGAACUUGAAAAAAACGUGCAGGCUCUACAGGCAGAAGGCUCUGAAGUUUCUGCUGAGCUCGAAUUUCUCAACCAGCAGAAUCUGAUUCUGAAUAUGGAGAAUAAAACACUGAAGCAACGGUUAGAGAGUUUAGUUCAAGAGCAUCUUAUCAAGCAUUUUGAGCAUGAAGUAUUGGAGAGAGAAGUGGGAAGACUACGAGCUUUGUAUCAGCAACAGCAGCAGCCACAACCGCAGCAACCAUCUUCUAGCCAUAGACGUGCUAAAAGCAGUGAUCUUGAUCAACAAUUUGCUAAUCUUUCACUGAAACACAAGGAAACAAGUGGUGGCCGCAAUCAUGUUUCUGGCCAACUUCACAUUUGAGUAAAUUGCAAGAGCUUCAACUUGAUCCCUCACUGAUUCCUCAGUUGACGGCGCCUCACAGUUUGCUUUGUUUGGGAUCAAGACAGACUCAUCCAGUGCUUGUGUUCUAUCCCCAUCCCAGCUUUGCUUAUUUUCUAUGUCUUAUUUUCUUUCUGUUGGUUUUGUUUAGGUUAUUUUAUUUAUUAAAAUUAGUGUCUCGAUGUGCACCUGGUAGUCUGUGCCAGAAAACUGUGGUUCUGGCGGGCGACUCUCCUGAGGUGGUUCUCCAAUCAUGAUUGAUGUUAGUAUCAUUGUAUUUCAAGAGAUGAGUUUGUCAUCGCUCGCCCAGAAAUUUCAUGCUUUACCGAUUCUCAAACUGUUGAUUUCUUGAGUAUCUACCGAUAAUUGUGUUCUUACAAUCAUUAAAUAUAACAACUGUUUUAACAGUAGAAUUUUCAAUGUUCUGAUGGA